CAGUGGCUGUCCGGGCAAAAAUUGUCAAUUGGCAUUACCCCUUCCAAGCCUCAGUCUGGCUUGGCCUCAACCUCCCCUUCGAAGUAGCGGUGGUCGAAAUGGCUACUUCUCAGGAAACAGCCGAACACUACGAUGAGCUUAAGCCAUUGGUGGCUAUUCUGGCUGAAAAGCCUGAGGUACUGGCGACGGGCAAUCUUGACACUCAGGAUGCUGCACUAAGAGCUACGAAGUUUCUCUUCGACCUCGCUAUUUCAACCGAGGCCAUUGCCGCGAAGCAUAUUGCUACCCUUAACUUAGAGCCACCAAGCUCGGGACCCACAACUCGCUCGAAGUCAAAGGUGCAGGAUGGUCAUGUUGAAGUGCCUAAGAGCGUGGAGCCUGUAUCUACAGUGCUUGACCGGACUUCAAUUGACCAACUCUAUAUUGUUGGUAUGAACGCUGACCAGAUUUGGGAGCAAUUGGAACUUCGGACAAAAAAUCUGGCCAAGGUCCUGGAUGAGGUUGUGCAAAUAGAUGAUCCAGAUCAGGAACCAGGUCCUGAGUUGGGGGUGGAGGAUGAGGAUGAGGAUGAGAGUGACGAUGAUGAGGACGAAGAUUGGCUUCCAAGUGACGAGAUGGAGGUUGACGGCUUCGGUGAAGAGGCUUCUGGUUUGGGGGAAAAUCUCGAAGACGAGGAUGGAGAAGAUAGUGGUUCCGAGGACGAUGAUCUCGAAACUGCAGGGUUGAAUGAGGAGUCUAUUAUGAAAAUACGGAGAGGGUCGGAUGAAGAGGAUGAGAUACCCGACCUUGACCUUGACCGACCUGGUACCAAGCGCUCGUCAGAAAUGAGACCCCGACACCCUACUCUCGACGAUGAUUUCUUCUCCAUAGAUGACUUCAAUAUGCAGUCGGAAGCAAUGGAAUCUCUGUUUCGUUCAAGAGGGCAACUCGCAGGAGAUGAUGAGGAUGACGAGGACGAGGACGAGGACGAAAUAGAUCUCUUCCAGAAGUUCGAUGAUCCUGGUAACAACGAGAUCUUCGACGAGGAAGAUGAGGAAAAGGGGGGUUUCGUGGACCGUUUCGCCCACAUAACGUACGCCGACUUCUUUGUACCUCCACGGUCAACGAAGAAACGCGGGUCUGGAGAUGCACCAUCUGAAGGCACCAAAAAGAAAAGCGCUCGUGGGGUCAAGUUUAGUGAGGACGUUCGUGUGAAGACUAUUGAGGCGCGGAAGGGAAAGAGUGCAAAAGCAUCUGCCCUCUUCGCUCGACUUGAAUCGUUGGGCGGACUAGUGGAAGAGCUGGAAAGUGAAGAAGGGGAGGGGGAAGAGAUGGAUUGGGACAUGGAGGAGUUCGGUGAUGAAGGUGAGGACGAAGAAAUAUACAAUGAUUUUGGAGAAGGGGAGGAAGGGGAGGAGGAAGAGGAAGAGGGGGAGGGAGGGAGUGAAGAUGAUGGUGAAGAUGAUUAUGAUGAUUACGGUGAGGAGGAGGAGGAGGACCAUGCCGACGAGACUGAACGGCAGACUGAAACGAUUCAGAGGUUGAAGAGUGAUCUUUUCGAUGACGGGGAGGAAAAGGAAGUUGACCCUGCUGAGCGCUUGUCAAUGCACGAGAAGCGCAUGACCGAUCUGUCUUCUCAGAUCGCAGCUCUUGAAGCCGAGAAUGUGGCCGAAAAGGAUUGGCAGCUCAUGGGAGAAGCAACGGCCCGUUCCCGGCCAAAAAAUUCUUUGCUUGAAGAAACUCUCGAUUUCGAACACAAUGCUAUUGGUGGGAGAGGUGGCGCUCCUGAGAUUACUGAAGAAAGGACAAGGUCUUUAGAGGAUCUCAUCAAAGAUCGUAUCCUUGAGGGGCGGUUUGACGAUGUCGCUCGCAAGCGGCCAGUGGACGACAAACCUUUUCUUCCGUCCAAGUACUUCGAACUUCAAGACAAACAGUCAUCACGCUCGCUCGCUCAGAUCUAUGAAGAUGAGUACAAGGCUGCACGGGGAGACAAUCUUGCGCCGGAGGAUGAUCGUGAUGGCAAAUUGGCCAAGGAGCGAGAAGCGAUUGAUGAGAUGUGGUCGACUAUAUGCUACAAACUCGAUGCCCUUAGCAAUGCUCAUUUCACACCGAAACAGCCCAAAGGGACCAUCGAAACAAUAUCCAACGUAUCCAGUGUCACCAUGGAGUCUGCCCUGCCGGCGGCUAUGUCCGCCACAUCACUCCUGGCGCCACAAGAAAUCCAUAAACCCCUUCCUGAAUCCGAAAUGCGCUCCAGAGAGGAACUGACCCCGCAAGAGAAACGGACUGUACACAGGAAGAUUCUCAGGAAGAAGAAACAUCAAAAGGAGAAGUUUGCUGGUGCUCUCGCGGAUCUUGGAAAGAGGCCCAAGAAUAUAAAGGAGGCGAAGGAGGUCGCUCUCGAUGGUCUUGUGAAACAGGGAAGGGGUGUGACGGUGAUUGGAAAAGAGAAGGUUGGGAAGGUGUCAAAAAGAGAGAGGGGAGACCAAAGCUUGAGUUCAACGGACUUGAAGCUAUAAACCCAAGUUAUUUAACCUUGAUCUUACUUUGUCAUUAUUCUAUUUUCUUGUUAUUGUACCGUAGUUUCACAAGGCCGUCAAUGCUAAAUCACUGGUCAG